AAAGCCAAUGAUGUUUGCUAUUUUGAAUCAUCAGUUAUUUGGAUUUUCGUUUAACUAUCCAUUGAAAACAAAAACAAAAAAACUUCAUAAUCUAAUAACCAUGCUUAAGUUUGUCGUUUUGGGCCUUUUAGCAAUCGGCUGCUUUGCCGAAGAAAGCUAUGAUAAAUCAAAGAAAAUGAUUGGUAGCUACAGUUGGGGAAGUGGCUAUCAAGGCGGUAAAUAUUAUGCUCCAGGUUUUUAUGGUGCUGGUUUUGGUUAUGGAGCCAGACAUUUUGGUGACCGUUCUGGCUACGGUUAUGGUCAUGGCCAUGGUUAUGGUCACUUAGGCUACGGUCAAUGGAGCAGUUAUCCAAAACAAAUGUACUAUGGACGAUAUGGUAGCGGUUUCGGUCUUGGUGGUGGUUAUUAUAAUAUCAUUCCAUCAUACCAUUAUGGUGCAAUGGGUGGAUACUAUGCUGCUCAACCAAUUUCUACCGCCGGUUACGUUGCUCAACCAAUUUCCACCGCCGCUUACGUUGCUCAACCAGUUGUCCACUCAGCCGGUGUGAUCGCAUCAGAUAACGUUGUCCGAACAGCUGCCAUCGCUCCAUCGGUCAACUUUUUGACUGAACGCAAAAGUGACGCCCACCAGGAAGUUGUACAAGCUGCCGUCCACCAGUUGGGUCGUACAGUCGAAUAUAAAAGCAUGGGCCACCAAGAACAUCCAAUUCAACCACAAAUCGUUGAAGUCGAACCAUCGGAAACUCCAUUGCAUCUUCACUUUAAAACCAAAUCUUCCUCAGUUUCAUUGAGCCAAGCUCAUGAACAAGCUCCAGUACCGCAAACUCAAAUAAGCCAAUCAUCAGAUGAACCAGCUCGAUUGAUCCAUGAGAUCCAAAAACCAGUUAUUCAGGAAGUCCGAGAAGUGAUUACACCAUACCGACAAGUUACCCAAGAAAUUAACCCAGUUGUUGAAGCUGUACACACGGUCGUUACCAAAGCUGAAGGCCAACGACAAAACUAUGUUGCACCAUCAACCGGUGUUUCCGUUAACCGUGAAGUAUCACACUCUGUUAACACCGUCGCUCAACCAGUUCAUAUGGGUUAUCAACACGUUUCCGUAGCUGCCCAACCAGUAGCCACUGUUGCCCAACCAGUAGCCACUGUUGCCCAACCAGUAGCCACUGUUGCCCAACCAAUUGCCGCUGUUGCCGCACAACCAAUUGCCGCUGUUGCUGCACAACCAAUCGCUAUUGGUUAUGAAGAAAAAAUUGUUUCCGCUCCAUCUGUCGCUUCAUACGGCGUUGGUUAUGCAGCUCAACCAGCAGCCGCUUUUGUUGAAUCAUCUUAUGAACCAGCUAAAUUUGGUUAUGGUUAUGAUACCAAAUAUUCAACAUCAUCAUCAUCAAUUGUUCCAUCUUCAUCAAUUGUUCCAUCUUCCUCAUCAUCAUUCGGUGGUUACCGAUUUGGUGGUGAUGCCAAAACAUUCCGAGUAGGUUUCGAUAACCGAGCUGGUAUGGUUGGUGACCGACAUGAACAAUACCAUGAAUCUCGAUCAAGCUAUUAAGCUUUCGAUCAGAUGAAUUAUUUGAUCAACAACAUCAAGAUCAAACAAAAUUAAAAUGAAAAUGGAAAAAAAA